AUGGAAUCACACCAUUUUUUGAGCAUAAGAAUGAACGUGUGGGCUAGCUGUUAGGGUCAGAAUGAAUCAUGACAGACUAGUAUAGCUGAAGUCAACUCUCUUUGGCUGGUGAUUACAAAAAAGAGGCUUGGUCUCCAGAUGAAGGAGAUCGAGGCUCGCUUACAACUCUCUGAAAAAUUUUAGUUGUAUGCAAAGCAAUCUAAGAACUCUUAGAUCGAUCUAUCGCUUCCAAAUAUGGCCUGUAAUGGAGCCUCUUCUUCCUCUGGUUCUCUCACCCCUUCAUGCAGACAUGAUGUGUUUUUGAGUUUUAGAGGUACAGAUACGCGCUCCGGUUUUACAUAUAAUCUGUACAAGGCUUUAGAUAGAGAGAAAAUCAAGACUUUCUUUGAUGAUCGUACGCUCAAGAGAGGAGAGAACAUAUCAGCAGCACUUCUUCACGCAAUUGAAGUUUCAAGGAUUUCUGUGGUGAUAUGCUCUGAAAACUACGCUUCGUCAAGUUGGUGCUUGGAUGAACUCGUCAAGAUCCUUGAAUGUCAAAAAUCAAAGCAGCAGAUUGUUAUUCCAGUAUUUUACAAAGUGGAUCCAGCACAUGUACGACAUCAAAUUGGUAGUUUUGGUCAGGCCCUUACCGUCUUGAAAUACAACGAGGACAAGGUCCCCGGAUGGAGGAUAGCUCUUACACAAGUAGCAAAUUUGUCUGGAUGGACUUAUGUGGACGGAUAUGAAUCUGAUUUUAUUGAGAAAAUUGUUAAAGAGAUAUUAGAUGUGGUUGGCCUCGACAACUAUAAGAAGAAAGAAGAUGUGGCCAGCCUCAACCACCAAAACAAAAAAACAGAUUUAACCGGUCUCAAUGACCAAACGAAGAACAACAAUUGGGCCAACGUUUACAAUCAGACUUUGCUUAAGCUCCAGAAGAAUAUAGAUGGGGCAGACGUCUACAACAAGACCUUCCUUCGACUCCAAAAGGAAUCAGAGGAGGCGGAUGUCUACAACAAGACCUUCCUUCGGCUCCAGAAGGAAUCAGAAGAGGCAGACGUCUACAACAAGACUUUCCUUCGGCUCCAGAAGGAAUCACAGGAUGCGGAUGUCUACAACAAGACAUUACUUCGGCUCCAGAAGGAAUCAGAGGAGGCGGACGUCUACAACAAGACAUUACUUCGGCUCCAGAAGGAAUCAGAGGAGGCGGACAUCUACAAUAAGACAUUGCUUCGACUCCAAAACAAGGGCGGAUCCAUGUAGAAGGCUGUCUAGGCUGUAGCCCAACCCAAAUUUCUCUAAUAGUCUUACACACACACACAGAUAUAUAUAUACACACACUUGGGUUCGAUCACUAGUGGUGUCAGUUUCUUCCUUCUUUUUUUUCUUCUUAUUUUCCUUUUCUUUCUUUCUUCUUUUACUAAUUUUCAUUUUCUUUUUUUCUACUUUUAUUGUUUUUACUAGUUAUACAUGAAACUGUUUCCAGUUUUAUCUAUUCUUUUUCAUAAUAGGAUUGAGUAUGGUAAAUGAGCUGCAUUUCUCUAAAUUCAUUUAUUUAUAGUUGGUAAUUAAUAAAAUAAAUAUCAUACAGGUAUUAAAAAUAAAACUCAAUAUAUCAUUUUGAAAUUUCCGUGCUUUUAGCAUGAAAAAAAAUACAUUUUUUGUUCUAGCCCAC